UCCUGCUGUGUUUCUCUCUCAGGUUUGCUUAGAUGCAGUAAGAGUUGCAGGCUGAGAUGGACUAAUUAUCUCAGGCCCGGAAUCAAACGUGGUAACUUCACUGAACAUGAGGAGAAGAUGAUUAUCCACCUUCAAGCGCUUCUUGGCAACCGAUGGGCUGCCAUAGCUUCAUACCUUCCGCAACGAACCGACAAUGAUAUUAAGAACUUUUGGAACACUCAUUUGAAAAAGAAGCUGAAGAAACAACAAGGGAAUGAUGAACAAAAUCAAGAAGGGAGUUCAGAUUCUCAAUCAAUUCCAAAAGGCCAGUGGGAGAGAAGGCUCCAAACAGAUAUUCACAUGGCAAAACAAGCCCUAUGUGAAGCCUUGUCCUUAGACAAAUGGAACACAAAUUUGCUUGAUUCAAAGCCCUUUCCAGUAACCCUUUCAGAAACUAAACCAAUUCAGACAUCAACAUAUGCUUCGAGUACUGAAAACAUUGCGCGUUUGCUUCAGAACUGGACGAAAAAAUCACCAAAUUCCUCUCAAGCUGGUUCAUCACAGAGUACUACUCAGACUUCCUUCAACAACCCUUCAAUAGGGACAAGUUCCAGUCCUAGUGAAGGGACAAUUAGUGCCACAACACCUGAGGGAUUCGACUCAUUUAUGGGCUUCAGUUCUUCCAACUCCGAUGUUUCUCAAUCUGAGGGCGAACCCAAGGUCAAUGCUGCAAAUUUCAUUCCAGAAGCUGGGACUUUGCAGGGGGAGAGCAAGAUAAAUUUGGACAUUCAAAUGCCCCUAACUUUGCUGGAAAACUGGCUCUUUGAUGAUGCUUCUGCACAAGGAGGGGGAGGAUACAUAAUGGACAUGUCUUUGGGGGAAAAUGCUGAUUUGUUUUGAAAAAAGUUUUUCUUCAAAACAAAGUAGCAGUUUCAGGUUGAUCUUUUUGUCUUUUUGGUGGGUUUUUAGGCAGAAGUGUCCUAAUCAGUGUCUGCUCCAUCUAGAUCGAGCACAAAAGGAUGGAAUCUUCCAUAUAUUGGGAGAGCAUAAAGUGUAAAUGACUGAUCAUGUAUUGCAAUGUUUGGUAUGUAGUAUUAGAUAGAACUGGAUAGUAAAAAAAAUUGAUUUUAACUUCAUUUUAUUUGUUACUACUUUCCAGUACUAUGUAAUCCUCCGUACCAAACAUGUCAUACUAGUAGUGUAUAUGCACAUAUGCAUGGUUAAUUAAAUAGGAAUAAAUCUCUCUUGAUCUA